AUAUAUAUCAAAUUUAUCAAUACAUAUUCACUUCUUAGUUUAGUGCAUAUUUUACUAUUUCUCAAGGUGCAAUUUAAAAUAAAAAUGCCUACUCUGAGACUGGGUGACACCGUUCCUAACUUUUCUGCAGAAACAACAAAGGGCAAUAUCAAUUUCUAUGAAUGGCAAGAAGAUAAAUGGGUUAUAUUAUUCUCACAUCCAAAAGAUUUCACCCCCGUGUGUACCUCAGAGUUAUCAAAAAUUGCAGUUUAUGAACCCUACUUCAGCAAAAGGAAUGUCAAGUUUCUGGCCCAUUCCUGUGACAGCUUAAAAGAGCAUUUAGCUUGGGUUAAAGACAUUAUUUCUUACUGUCGGCAUCUACCGAGUAACGACCUGCACUUCCCCAUCAUAGCAGACGAGAACGGAGAGCUAGCUACAUUGCUGGAUCUGUUCGAUAGAUUCACCGACGAAAAUAAUAAAUUGUUGACCUCUAGGCCGUUGUAUAUAAUUGAUCCCCAACACAAGCUACGAUUUAUGCUGCGGUAUCCCGUUACGACUGGACGGAAUCCAAAAGAAAUACUGAGAGUAUUAGAGUCUAUGCAAAUAUGUGAUCGAAUACCGCAGGUUGAAACACCAAUGGACUGGAUGCUGGGCAAUAAGGUGCUGGUAAAAUCUGAGGUCAAAGAAAGUGAAAUAAGAAGAAUCUUUCCGAAUGGCACCCAAACUGAAUUUGUUACUUGUAGAGGUGCAAUUAGAUCAGUGGAAGACUACGAAUUAUUCUAAAAACCUAUAAAUAAGUAUUGAAAUUAGUCAAUUUAAAUUUUUCAGUUCGAUUAUAUAUUUUUACAGUAUCGA